AGUACCGUGAACAGCGCACCUGGCAGUGUGGCAUCAGAAUUUGCAUCACUCAAUCAGUGGACUGUAUCGGAUAUUCGCCGUGUUCAAUCGGAAAAUGCUGUUGGCCACGCUUACUUCGGAAAUCCAUCACAAACAAGUGUUCCCAGACAAGCUGCUUUUGCUCUUCAGGAUCGUGCCGAUCAUCAAGCUCAAUCUCAAAAAUCACGCCCGGCUGUGCAGCCAAUGCACGAUCUUGAACCGUAUCUGUUUUCACUGCAGGAAUAUCAGGCCAAAAAUUUCCCAAGAUCUCAUGAUUAUUUGAAAAGUGAAGAAAGCAGUGCUGCUUCAGAGAAACCUAUUGCAUAUCAGCUAGCCAGACAAGAAACGCCAGUUUGUAACUCGAUUUGCGAAAUUUCCAUGCCGUCGAAUAGUUUACUCAGGGAAGUACCACAAAAGCCACCGGUAACUCAGUCAGUGCCAUCACAGACGCAGAGAAAUCUGCUUGAUCCGGCAGUUGCAGCAUGGAUUAAAGCCACGCUCGUUGAUUUAACUUUUGACAUCGAAGACAACCAACGACAACAGCUGAAUUAUUGGCCAACGGCCAUCGAUGCCGGGCAUAUGCAACGAUAUGAUGGACACAGUUGUACAGGAGACAGCCGUUCAGAAAUCCGGGCGAAUGCUAAUUACGAUAAUCGUGGUGAAGUUGGGAAUCGACAUGAUGGCGAUAGCGAAAGUACCGGACAU